UGGCUGGGGGGCGGGAGGUUUUGAUGCUGACUACCUCUUCAGCAGCGACGCCGCCCACCCGGACACCCGCAGAAUACACGAGAGCCUGGAUUACUUGGAGGGCAGAGCUACCGUCUUUCACUCCCGUUACCUCUCCGCGUGGGCGAGCACCGGCACGGGAGCCAAGGCGUCCGUGGUUCUGGGCCACUACGUCCUGCCACCCGCCUGCCUGCAAGAAGAAAUCAGAAGGCAAAUCGGGAGUUUUAUUUGGGAGCAGGCGGAUGACUCCCUUGCAGCACAGCGCACUGAAAAUCUGACGGAUGAAGAGGAGGUGGUGAGAAAAGGCUGUGAGGAAGAAGCGGAGGUGGAUGUGCUGGACUUAGCCGAAAGUGAAGAAGAAACAGGCUCCAGAGCACCCACCCAGGGGGAAUUUCCAUUCCGCGCUCUCCAGGAAUACCCAGUGAACAACAUGGUGACAGGCUACACCUCGGCUCGCGACAUGAAGAAAUACGACGGAGAGCUCCGUGAUUUCAUUCCCGGCACCUCGGGCUACGCGGUGUAUUGGAUUCAGAGCGAAAUUAACAUUUACUCUGCCGUGAAGAGGAAAACCAAGAGAAAAUUGUAA